AACCUGGUUAAGCAGGAAGCACGCGUAGGUAGAUCAAUUUCUUGGCCAAUGCACCUAACAAUGGCUUCCAGUUUGCAGCCAUGGCUUCUCCUCCUCAUCCUCCCCCUCCUCUCUUUGCUGCUCAGCACAGCAGCGCCUGCGGCGGUGUUCAACGACAACUUCGUGGCAGUAGGGGGUACAGAUGCUAAUCACCUAGUUAAUCAGGGGACAUCAGUUCGCCUCGUCUUGGAUAGGAGCUCCGGGGCUGGAUUUAGUUCCAAGCUGGCGUAUGGUUCAGGGUUGAUCCAAAUGAGGAUCAAGAUACCCGCCGGGUACACUGCCGGGGUUGUAACGGCCUUCUAUCUCACGUCGGAGCCCGAGUACGGUGACCACGACGAGGUGGAUUUCGAGUUCUUGGGCAACGUGGAGGGCAAGCCGGUCGCUCUGCAGACCAACAUCUUCCUGAACGGCAAAGGCGAGAGGGAGCAGAAGUUCGACCUUUGGUUCGACCCGAGUGCCGAUUUCCAUGACUACAAGAUACUCUGGAACCCCUACCAGCUCGUGAUGUUCGUCGACAACACCCCCAUACGGGUGCUGAAGAACCUCACGCCAGGCCAGUUCCUGGUGAGGCCGAUGAAGAUCCGCGGGAGCCUCUGGGACGGCUCCGACUGGGCGACGGACAAUGGCAAAUACAGGGUCGACUAUAACCGUGCGCCGUUCACCGCCGUGUUACAGGGUUUCGACGUCUAUGGCUGCCCCGCCACCGGAGGCGCGCCGUGUGACUCGCUGAGCCUGUCGUGGAACGCGAUCCGGAGCCUGACGCCCGCGCAGGAGGCGGCGUACAAGAACGCCAAGAGCAAGUCCAUGACCUACGACUAUUGUACCGAUAAGUCUAGGCCCAACUUCCAUCUACCGGGGGAGUGCAACAAUAACUAAUUACUUUUCUGGCUUAGGGUUAUUACAUAAACAAGGAAGCUAUCAACUCUCUGUUAUUACGAUAAGAAGGUCUGAAUU